GGUAGCAGGCAUUGUAGGGCUAUACACGUCAUCCAAAGCCUCAUCUUAUAACGGUGACGACGUAUCUAAUCUUCAAAAACAAUUGCAAUGUACGGCUUGUAUACAGAUGAUCCUUGGAUAUGUUGUGUUUAUGGUGGCCAUAUCUGGAAUCAUGAUGAAUAUAUUGUUCUUAGCAAGUAAUAACGACAGUGGAUACUACGACGACGACGAAGACGACCAGUCAAAGAUACAUGUCACACUAUCGGCAUGUAUCUUGGCGGGAAUAGUCUUGCUUUUAAUCGCUACAUUCCUUUCAUUUCGAUUUAUGGGGACAUGCUGCAGGUAUCAGGGAUAUAACCAGAGAAUGACUCAGACGUAUCCAACGACGGUAGGAACAACACAGUAUUAUCAAGGUCAAACUACUUAUAGCCAAGGCCAAACUGCACAUGGCCAUUCAACAGUACCGCCACCUGUCUUUAGUACUGGAGGGUUCAACCAAAGUUCAAAUCCACCCCCAUAUCCAGUUUCGCAAUCCUAUGGUAUUGGAUCACAGCAACCUCCAGCCUACGGAUUCGAGGGCAUGGGACAGCAGCAACCUCCAGCAUACGGAUUCGAGGGCAUGGGACAGCAACAGCAGCCUCCAGCAUACGGAUUUCAGCAAACUAAUACUCCAACAGCGCCACCACCAGCCUAUCCGUACUGAUUAAGGUUACAAAUAUGAACCAUAGGAAAACAAAGCUUUAAUGUUUGAAAAUAGAAUUAAGAUUUUCAUAAGAUAAUUGCAACACGUUUCAGCUUUGAAAGUUAUGAAGAAUAACAUCCUACUGUACACUAAUCUAACAAACAAAUGUCAUAUAAAGUAUGAAAAUCGUAAAAUUAUUUUUGUAUUACCAUUUGGUGUACUAAAAUACCAUGAAUUGGAGCUAUUCUUCAACCUUCAUUUGAAGGGAUCCCUCUAUCAUAACGUAUUUGCAUUAUCCAUAUUUUCUUGAAAAUUAUGACGUUUAUUCCAUGUGAAUCGCAAAAGGAACUCAGCCAAAGUUACGAUAACGCCGCUUAGUGAUAACGUGCCGUUGUUCUAAAGAUGCCCACGUGUAGUCAGGGAGAACAUUCCUUAGAUGAUGUCGCAGCUGUUCUGUAUGGUAAAUAGAAUGACUGGGAAGCUGAUCCUAAU